GAUUUAUGAUCGUCCUGGCGGUAAUUGACGGCAUCUUUAUAUCGUUUCCCGUCGGGACCUUCCGCCGCACACUGUCUACGGCGUCUACGGCCUUCGUGUUCAGCCCUCGUAUACAAGGCAGCUGCCAGUGUCAUCUGCCAUAUGCUGCUCAUGCGUGCAGGUAAUACGAAGCUCGGCGUC